AUGAACGGGUUAAUAUGGUGUAAAAUUAAAAAAGAAUACACCGAAACUCUCGCUAUUACUACUAUCACAACGACGUCCCAAACUCACGCAAAAACCUGGUCUGGUACUGCACCAGCUAUAACCAUCAAACCUGGUCUAUAUUGCUCUAACUAUAACCCGCUUGCACCAUGGGUCACUGUGCAACUCAUAUCCGCCAACGAAUUCGUUUAUCUUUCUAGUUGA